CUGAGCGUUACGUCACGGGCUCAUCCACGGUGCUGGAGAUUGUGAGAUUCACCAUCUACUCGUGCAGCCACAAGCACACUGAGACGCUGCUGCCCCCAGGGGAAAUCACGCGAUUGCUUCUUAUUUUCUUUUUAAAGUUUGGUACGGAAUGAGCUGAACGGAGCUGGCGGCUCUUGGCUUCUCUACGAGUGGACGAUUCUGGUGAAAUAGAGACUCGAGCAAGCAGAGAGAAAGAAGGUGCAUUGGACAUCAUGUUUGAAUGCCGAUAAUCAAUUAGAAAUAUACAUGACUGUGCUUCUCCAUCACCCAUAGCCUCACCGGGCUGUAGCAAGUCUCCUUUAAUCGCCUAAGCCCGCCUGAAGCGGCCACCGUGCGGAGCUGAGGGUGCAACUGAACGGACAGUCGCACCCGGACCAUUGAAGGGUUUCGAAUGAGGUGCAUGAUCGGAUUGUUUGGUUCUAGAAAUCCAGCCAACUUUUCCUCCUUUCCUUUCUAACAGCAGUGCCAUCGGGCAUUGCUCGGGAGAUGGCGAUGAGAUUGUUCUACCUAGGAUUUAUACUCUCCUUGGAGAUUGCAUCUCCUAACGGUGCAACCAUAGCUCCCAAAGCUGACGACCAUCCCAGGACCUGCAGCUCUAAACAAUUUGUCUGCAAGGACCAGGUGACCUGUAUCUCCAAAGGCUGGCACUGUGAUGGGGAGAAGGACUGUCCAGAUGGUUCGGACGAAUCACCAGAUAUCUGCCUACACAACAGAGCGAACAAGUGUCCUGUCAAUGAGCAUGGGUGUCUGGACCUGGAUGUCUGUAUCCAUAUGAGCAAACUUUGUGAUGGGGUCCCUGACUGCUCCGAUGGCUGGGACGAGGGGCCUCACUGCAGAGAGCGAGCACCAGACUGUGCCUCACAUAUGUGCCAGUUUCACUGUACUGUGACUCACGAUGGGCCUCAGUGCUACUGUAACAACGGCUAUGAGGUUGCUGCAGAUGGCAGGGUGUGUAAAGAUUUCAACGAGUGCAGUGUGUACGGUGCAUGCAGUCAGACGUGCACAAACACUGAGGGCUCCUACACCUGCAGCUGUGUGGAGGGCUACCUGCUGCAGCCAGACAACCGCUCCUGUAAAGCCAAAAAUGACCCAGUGGAUCGUCUGCCUAUGCUGUUGAUUGCUAACCUCCAUGACAUCCGCUGCACCUCCCUGAGCGGCUCCACGUCCCGGCUGCCCUCCAUUGCCACCAAGCAGACCAUGGCUAUGGACUUCAUCUAUGCCAACGAGACCGUCUGCUGGAUCGAUGUGGGUGACACCCCUGCUGCCACUCAGCUGAAGUGUGCCAACAUCCCUGACCUCAAGACCGUCACUAACAUCCGCACCAUCAACAUCUCCCUCAGCCUGCAUCAUGUGGAGCAUAUGGCUAUUGACUGGCUGACUGGAAACUUCUACUUUGUGGAUGACAUGGAUGAUCGGGUGUUUGUCUGCAACAAGAAUGGCCAGACAUGUGUUACGCUGCUGGACCAGGAGCUGUACAACCCUAAAGGCAUCGCGUUGGACCCGGCUAUGGGCAAGGUGUUCUUCACAGACUAUGGGUCUACACCAAGGGUGGAGCGCUGUGACAUGGAUGGUCAGAACCGCACUAAGCUGGUGGACAGUAAGAUCGUCUUCCCUCAUGGCAUCACACUGGACCUGGUUACCCGACUGGUGUACUGGGCAGACGCCUACCUGGACUAUAUUGAAGUGGUCGACUAUGAGGGCAAAAACCGACACACCAUCAUCCAGGGCCUGCUGAUUGAGCACCUAUAUGGACUGACUGUAUUUGAGAACUACCUGUAUGCUACAAAUUCAGAUGAAGGCAAUCUCAACCCCAAAACAAGUGUGAUUCGAGUGAACCGCUUCAACAGCUCUGACUUCCAGGUGGUGACGCGGGUAGACCGGGGAGCCGCAUUGCAUGUAUACCACCAGAGGCGCCAACCUCAAGUACGGAGCCAUGCAUGCGCCCUGGAUCAGUUUGGGAAGGCUGGAGGUUGCUCUGACAUCUGUCUGCUGAGCAACAGCCACAAGGCUCGUACCUGCCGCUGCCGCUCUGGAUUCAGCCUCGGCAGUGACGGCAAAUCCUGCAAGAAACCAGACCAUGAGUUGUUCUUGGUGUACGGUAAGGGUCGUCCUGGAAUUAUCAGGGGCAUGGACAUGAAUGCUAAGGUGCCAGAUGAGUACAUGAUUCCCAUUGAGAACCUAAUGAACCCCCGGGCUCUGGAUUUCCAUGCUGCCAGUGAAUUCAUAUAUUUUGCUGAUGCAACCAGCUAUAUCAUUGGCCGACAGAAGAUAGAUGGCACAGAGAGAGACACCAUACUAAAGGAAGGUAUCCACACAGUAGAGGGGUUAGCGGUAGACUGGAUGGGAGGCAAUCUCUACUGGACAGAUGAUGGGCCUAAGAAGACUAUCAGUGUUGCCAGGCUGGAGAAGGCUUCCCAAACGCGCAAGACUCUCAUUGAAGGAAAGAUGAGCCACCCUCGUGCCAUUGUGGUGGACCCCCAGCAUGGAUGGAUGUACUGGACUGACUGGGAGGAGGACCCCACAGAGAGCAACAGAGGGAAGAUCAAAAAAGCAUGGAUGGAUGGUUCACAUCACCAAGUGUUUCUGACUAGCAAGACGGUGCUGUGGCCUAAUGGCCUGAGUCUGGACAUACCCCGGGGCAUCCUGUACUGGGUGGAUGCGUACUAUGACCGUAUUGAGUUGGUUUACCUUAACACCACUGAGCGAAAGGUGGUGUAUGAGGGACAGGAGCUUAACCAUGCCUUUGGCUUAUGUCAUUACAAACAAUUCCUCUUUUGGAAUGAGUACCGUGGUGGCAGCAUCUAUAAACUUGACCAGGUCACCAAGACAGUCACCCUACUCCGCAACGAGAGGCCCCCUAUCUUUGAGAUCAGAGUGUAUGAUGCACACCAGCAGCAAGGUAUCAACGCUUGUCGAGCUAGCAAUGGCGGCUGUAGCAGCCUGUGCCUUGCUAUCCCUAACGGCAGGUCCUGUGGCUGUGCUGAUGAUCAAAUCCUGGAUGUCGAUAAUGUCACCUGCAAAGCCAACCCCUCAUAUGUGCCCCCACCCCAGUGCCAGCCUGGGGAGUUUGCCUGUAAGAACAACCGCUGCAUCCAGGAGCGCUGGAAGUGUGAUGGGGACAACGAUUGUCUGGACAACAGUGAUGAGGCCCCUGAGCUCUGUAACCAGCAUACCUGCCCAGCUGACCGAUUCAAAUGCCAGAACAAUCGCUGUAUUCCCCUGCGAUGGCUGUGUGAUGGCGACAAUGACUGUGGCAAUGAUGAAGAUGAAUCUAACACCACCUGCUCUGCCCGCACAUGCCCACCAAACCAGUACCCUUGUGCCAGUGGGCGCUGCAUCCCUAUCUCCUGGAGAUGUGACCUGGAUGAUGACUGUGGAGACCGUUCUGAUGAACCAAACAACUGUGCAUACCCAACCUGCUUCCCUCUGACCCAGUUCACUUGUGCCAAUGGACGCUGCAUCAACAUCAACUGGCGCUGUGACAAUGACAAUGACUGUGGGGAUAACAGCGAUGAAGCAGGCUGCAGCCAUUCUUGCUCCAGUGUCCAGUUUAAAUGUAACAGUGGUCGCUGCAUCCCAGAAUACUGGACCUGUGAUGGCGACAAUGACUGUGGAGACUACAGUGACGAGACACAUGCCAACUGUACCAACCAAGCCACCCGUCCUCCUGGUGGUUGCCAUGUAGAUGAGUUCCAGUGUCGGAUGGACGGCCUGUGCAUUCCCAUGCGCUGGCGCUGCGACGGUGACACAGAUUGUAUGGACCUAAGUGAUGAGAACAACUGUGAGGGUGUCACCCACAUGUGUGACCCCGCAGUCAAGUUCAGCUGCAGAGACUCUGCUCGCUGCAUUAGCAAGGCCUGGGUGUGUGAUGGUGACAGUGAUUGCGAGGACAACUCAGAUGAGGACAACUGCGAGGCGUUGGUGUGCAAGUUGUCUCACCACAUGUGCGCUACCAACGACUCCAUCUGCCUGCCUGCUGAAAAGCUCUGCGAUGGCACUGACGAUUGUCCAGAUGGCUCUGAUGAGAAACUCUGCGACUUGUGUUCAUUGGACAAUGGCGGUUGUAGUCACAACUGUAGCAUAAUUCCUGGGGAAGGCUUCAUGUGCUCCUGUCCCCUGGGCAUGGAGUUGGGAGCUGACAACAAGACCUGCCAGAUCCAGAGUUUCUGCGCCAAACACCUCAAGUGUAGCCAGAAGUGCGAGCAGGAGAAAUCCAGCGUCAAGUGUUCCUGUUAUAAGGGCUGGGAGCUGGAGUCUGACAUGGAGAGCUGCAAAAGCACUGAUCCCUUCAAGCCUUUCAUCAUCUUCUCCAACCGUCAUGAGAUCAGAAGGAUUGAACUUCACAAGGGGGAGUUCAGUGUGCUGGUACCAGGCCUGAGGAACACCAUUGCCUUGGACUUUCACCUCAACCAGAGCACCCUAUACUGGACUGAUGUUGUGGAGGACAAGAUCUACCGUGGGAAACUGUCUGAAAAUGGAGCCUUGACCAGUUUUGAGGUGGUGAUCCAGUACGGACUGGCUACUCCUGAGGGCCUGGCUGUGGACUGGAUAGCAGGAAACAUCUACUGGGUGGAAAGCAAUCUGGACCAGAUUGAGGUGGCCAAACUGGAUGGGACCAUGAGAACCACCCUUCUGGCCGGGAAGGUGGAGCAUCCCCGAGCCAUCGCCCUCGACCCUCGUGAUGGUAUCCUGUUUUGGACAGACUGGGAUGCCAGUCUGCCUAGGAUUGAGGCCGCAUCUAUGAGUGGUGAAGGCAGACGCACAAUUCAUAGGGAAACGGGCAGUGGUGGCUGGCCCAACGGGCUCACUGUAGACUACAUGGAAAGGCGCAUUGUCUGGAUUGAUGCCAGGUCAGAUGCUAUCUACUCUGCUAUGUAUGACGGUUCUGGGCUGAUUGAAGUGUUGCGGGGUCAUGAGUAUUUGUCCCACCCCUUUGCGGUUACUAUGUAUGGAGGCGAGGUCUACUGGACUGACUGGAGGACUAACACUCUGGCCAAAGCCAACAAAUGGACAGGACACAAUGUCACUGUAGUCCAGCGGACCAACACGCAGCCCUUUGACUUGCAGGUGUAUCAUCCAUCCAGACAACCUCAGGCUCCCAACCCAUGUGCCACCAGUGGUGCUAAAGGCCUUUGCUCUCACCUCUGUCUCAUCAACUUCAACCAGACCUUCUCCUGUGCCUGCCCUCACCUGAUGAAGCUACAGCCUGACAAACGCACCUGCAAAGAGUCCCGCAAGUUCCUCCUUUACGCUCGUCAGAUUGAAAUCCGAGGCGUCGACAUCGACAAUCCUUACUACAACUACAUCAUUUCCUUCACUGUACCAGACAUAGACAAUGUAACUGUGGUAGACUAUGAUGCUGUGGAGCAUCGCAUCUACUGGUCAGAUGUCCGAACACAGACAAUCAAGAGAGCUUUCAUCAACGGCACCGGAGUAGAGACUGUUGUGUCUGCUGACCUUCCUAAUGCCCAUGGGCUGGCAGUAGACUGGGUGUCCAGGAACCUUUUCUGGACCAGCUAUGAUGCCAAUAAGAAGCAGAUCAAUGUGGCCAGACUGGAUGGAUCUUUCAAAAAUGCUGUCAUCCAGGGUUUAGACAAGCCCCACUAUUUGGUGGUGCACCCUCUACUGGGAAAGCUGUACUGGACUGAUGGUGACAACAUAAGCAUGGCUAAUAUGGAUGGUAGCAACCGCACCACACUUUUCACCAGUCAGAAAGGACCAGUGGGCCUCUCCAUUGACUAUGAUAAAGAACAGCUAUACUGGAUCAGCUCAGGAAAUGGCACCAUCAACCGUUGUCAGCUGGAUGGAUCUAAACUGGAGAUACUGGAAGGUGUUAAAGGCAAACUUACCAAGGCUACUGCACUGGCUAUAAUGGGAGACAAGCUGUGGUGGGCAGACCAGGCAACUGACCAGAUAGGAACAUGUGACAAGAAGGAUGGAGGAAACUGGAAGGUUAUGCGAAACAGCACCUCCCCAAUGAUGCACAUGAGGAUCUAUGAUGAGGAUGUGCAGAAAGCCGGGAUAAACCUAUGCAGCAAUAACAAUGGCGACUGCUCCCAGCUUUGCUUGCCUACUUCACUAACGACCAGGGCCUGUAUGUGUACUGCUGGGUAUAGCCUCAAGAGAGGACAACAGUCUUGUGAAGGUAUGGGCUCGUUCUUGCUUUAUUCUGUUCAUGAGGGAAUUCGAGGGAUACCACUUGACCCAGCAGACAAAUCUGACGCCUUGGUCCCAGUGUCGGGCACCUCUCUGGCUGUCGGCAUUGACUUCCAUGCCGAGAAUGACACCAUCUACUGGGUGGACAUGGGACUCAGCACCAUCAGCAGGGCUAAGAGAGACCAAACAUGGAGAGAAGAUGUUAUCACCAAUGGCAUCGGGAGGGUGGAGGGCAUCACUGUUGACUGGAUAGCAGGAAAUAUUUACUGGACUGACCAGGGUUUCGACGUGAUUGAGGUGGCCAGACUGAACGGCUCCUUCCGCUAUGUAGUCAUUUCCCAGGGCCUGGACAAACCCAGAGCCAUCACUGUCCACCCAGUGAAAGGGUAUCUGUUCUGGACUGAAUGGGGUCAGUACCCUCGUAUUGAGCGCUCUCGGCUGGAUGGCUCCCAGAGGUUGGUCUUGGUCAAUGUGAGCAUCAGUUGGCCAAAUGGAAUCUCCAUUGACUAUAAGGAGGAUCUGCUCUAUUGGUGUGAUGCCAGGACAGACAAGAUUGAGCGCAUCAAUCUGGAAACUGGACAGAACAGAGAGCUCGUGCUUGCCAGCAACAACAUGGACAUGUUUGCUGUGUCUGUUUUUGAAGAAUACAUUUACUGGAGUGAUAGGACUCAUGCCAAUGGCUCCAUUAAGAGAGGCAGCAAAGACAACACUACAGAUGCUGUGCAGCUCAGGACUGGCAUUGGUGUACAGCUGAAAGACAUCAAGGUUUUCAACAGGGCCAGGCAACAAGGCACCAACAUCUGCAAAGACAACAAUGGUGGCUGUGAACAGCUGUGCCUUUACCGUGGCAAUGCAGAGCGCACCUGUGCCUGCGCUCAUGGCAUGCUGGCAGAGGACAACCGCAGUUGUCGUGACUACGAUGGAUACCUGCUGUACUCGGAGCGCACUAUUUUGAAGAGCAUCCACCUGUCCGAUGAGACGAAUCUGAACGCGCCAAUAAAGCCAUUUGAGGACCCUGAUCACAUGAAAAAUGUGAUUGCCCUCAGCUUUGACUACCAUGGAGGUGGCGGAAAAGGAGCCAACCGCAUCUUCUUCAGCGACAUCCACUUUGGAAACAUCCAGCAGAUCAAUGAUGACGGCACAGACCGCAAGAUAGUAGUGGACAAUGUUGGGUCAGUUGAGGGCCUGGCAUACCACCGUGGUUGGGAUACACUCUACUGGACCAGUUACACAACCUCCACCAUUACUCGCCACACUGUGGACCAGAGCCGCUCUGUGGCCUAUAACCGCAACACUGUGGUCACUAUGUCUGGAGAAGACCACCCUAGAGCCUUCGUACUGGACGAGUGUCAGGAUCUCAUGUUCUGGACCAACUGGAACGAACAGGCUCCGAGCAUCAUGAGGGCCUCUCUGAAUGGAGCUAAUGUGCUUGUCAUCAUUGGCAGUGAUAUAAAAACUCCCAAUGGCCUAGCUAUAGAUCACCGUGCCGAGAAACUCUAUUUCUCUGAUGCCACCUUGGAUAAGAUUGAACGCUGCGAAUAUGAUGGAAGCAACCGUUAUGUCUUGUUGAAGAAUGAGCCUGUCCAUCCGUUUGGCCUGGCUGUGUAUGGCGAUUACAUCUUCUGGACUGAUUGGGUGAGGAGGGCUGUCCUUAGAGCUGACAAAUACACAGGGGGAGACAUGAAAGUGCUGCGUGCCGACAUCCCUCAGCAGCCAAUGGGUAUCAGCGCUGUGGCUAAUGACACCAACAGCUGUGAGUUUUCUCCUUGCCGAACAAAUAACGGAGGUUGCCAAGACCUGUGUCUGCCCACAUCUGAUGGACGGGUCAACUGCAGUUGUCGGGGAGACAGACAGCUUCUGGAAGACAACACCUGCUCUUCGCUGAAUAUGUCAUGUGGAAACGUGGAUGACUUUGAGUGUGGAAACGGUGACUGUAUCAACUACAGCCUGACCUGCGAUGGCAUGGCCCACUGCAAGGACAAGUCAGACGAGAAGCAGUCCUAUUGUGCUAAUCGAAUUUGUAAGAAAGGCUAUAGGCGCUGCAUGAAUGGCCGCUGUAUUGGCCACCAGUUCUGGUGUGAUGGCACAGAUGACUGUGGUGACCAUUCAGAUGAACUGCCCUGCAACAUGACUCUCUGCAAAGGAGGAGAGUUCCAAUGCAAAGAUGGAAGCUGCAUCUCCAACUUCAGCCGCUGUGACCAGGUGGUCAACUGUGAGGAUGCUAGUGAUGAAAUGAACUGUCAACCCACCGACUGCUCCCGUUUUUUCCGCCUGGGAGUGAAAGGAGCGUCCUUCCAGAGCUGUGAGAAAACCACCCUGUGUUAUCUGUCCUCGUGGGUGUGUGAUGGCAACAACGACUGCGGGGACUUUUCCGAUGAGAGAAACUGCCCAGAUAAAAGGAAGCUUAAAUGUCCGGUCAACUUCUUUGCUUGUCCCAGUGGUCGCUGCAUUCCUAUGAGCUGGACCUGCGAUAAGGAAAAUGACUGUGAGAAUGGAGCAGAUGAGACACAUUGUGACAAAUUUUGUACAUCCACCCAGUUUGAAUGUGGGAACCACCGCUGCAUUUCCAGUCACUGGGUGUGUGAUGGCUCUGAUGACUGUGGUGAUGGUACUGAUGAAGACCACAAAUGCAAGUCCAAAACCUGCAGCCCUGAGGCUUUCCAGUGUCCUGGCUCCCACAUGUGUGUACCUCAGCGAUGGAAAUGUGAUGGAGACAAGGACUGUCCAGAUGGAGCUGAUGAGAGUGUCAAAGCUGGCUGCAUAUACACCAACAACACUUGUGAUGCCAAGAAUGAGUUCAUGUGUCAGAACAGACAGUGUAUCCCCAAGCACUUUGUGUGUGAUCAUGACAUUGACUGCUCUGAUGGCUCAGAUGAAUCCCUAGAAUGUGAAUACCCGACAUGUGGCCCAGAUGAGUUCCGCUGUGCCAACGGCCGCUGCCUCAACCAGAAGAAGUGGGAGUGUGAUGGAGAGUUUGACUGUCAGGAUCGCUCUGAUGAAGCUCCCAAGAACCCUCGCUGCACUGACUCAGAGAGGACGUGUAAUGAGUCAGUCUUCAUGUGCCGUAAUGGGAAGUGUUUGAAUGAGACUCUGCUGUGUGACCGCAAUGAUGACUGUGGCGAUGGCUCUGAUGAGCUCAACUGCUUCAUCAACGAGUGUCUCAACAGUAAGCUCAGCGGAUGCUCGCAGCUCUGUGAUGACCUCAAGAUUGGCUUCAAGUGCCGAUGUCAUCCUGGUUUCCAACUGAAGAGAGAUGGGAAAACAUGUGUGGAUAUAGAUGAGUGCACAACCAUCUACCCCUGUUCUCAGCGCUGUAUCAACACGCACGGAAGCUUCCACUGCCUCUGUGUGGAUGGCUUUGAGCUCAGCCCCAACAACCCCACCAUCUGCAAGUCCACAUCAGAAGAAGAGCCCUACUUGAUCUUUGCUAACCGGUACUACCUGAGAAAAAUUAAUCUGGAUGGUUCAAACUACACACUAAUAAAACAGGGUCUGAACAAUGCAGUGGCACUGGACUUCCACUAUGCAGAGCAGAUGAUCUACUGGACAGAUGUGACCACUCAGGGCAGCAUGAUCCGACGCAUGCGAAUGAACGGCAGCAACAUGGAAGUAUUACACCGGACCUCCCUGAGUAACCCAGAUGGGCUGGCAGUGGAUUGGGUUGGUGGGAACUUAUACUGGUGUGACAAAGGCAGGGACACAAUUGAGGUGUCAAAACUCAAUGGGGCCUACCGGACGGUAUUGGUCAACAGUGGCUUGAGGGAACCUCGUGCUGUGGCUGUGGAUGUACGCUAUGGGUAUCUAUACUGGUCUGACUGGGGGGACAACCCCCACAUUGGGAGGAUUGGGAUGGAUGGCACCAACAGAAGUGUCAUUAUAGAGGAUAAGAUCACUUGGCCCAACGGACUAACUCUGGACUUUAUCAAUGACCGUAUAUACUGGGCUGAUGCCAGGGAGGACUACAUUGAGUUUGCCAGCCUGGAUGGCACCAGCAGACACACAGUUCUCAGCCACGACAUCCCCCACAUCUUUGCCAUGACUCUGUUUGAGGAGUACAUCUACUGGACCGACUGGGAGACAAAGUCUAUUAACAGAGCUCACAAGACUCUAGGUACCAACAAGACCACCUUGAUCAGCACCCUGCAUCGACCCAUGGACAUCCACAUUUACCAUCCCUGUCGCCAGCCUCAGGUGCUUGACCCCCCUUGCCAGACAAACAACGGCGGCUGCAGUAACCUCUGCCUCCUUUCUCCUGGAGGAGGCUACAAGUGUGCCUGUCCCACCAACUUCUACCUGGCCAAUGAUCAGCGUACUUGCAUGUCCAACUGCACAGCCAGCCAGUUCGUGUGCAAGAACGACAAAUGCAUCCCCUUCUGGUGGAAAUGUGACACAGAGGACGACUGUGGGGACAGGUCAGAUGAGCCUGCAGACUGCCCUAUAUUCAAAUGCAGGCCAGGGCAGUUCCAGUGUGGCACAGGAAUCUGCACCAAUCCUGCCUACAUCUGUGAUGGAGAUAAUGACUGCCAGGACAACUCUGAUGAGGCCAACUGUGAUAUUCAUGUUUGCCUCCCCAGCCAGUUCAAAUGUUCACACCCAAGCCGCUGCAUCCCAGGCAUCUUUCGCUGUAAUGGCCAGGAUAACUGUGGAGAAGGAGAGGAUGAGAAGGACUGCCCUGAGGUCACAUGUGCGCCCACCCAGUUCCAAUGUGCCAUCACCAAACGCUGCAUACCUCGCGUCUGGGUUUGUGACCGUGACAACGACUGUGUGGAUGGAUCUGAUGAACCUGCCAACUGCACCUGAUUAUCUCUGUUUAUAACUGCCCCCGAAAUGUUUCCCUCUCCAUGGAAGUGUGACGGUGAGGAUGACUGCGGCGACGCGUCAGAUGAACCUAAAGAGGAGUGUGCUGAGAGGACAUGCGAGCCGUAUCAGUUCAGAUGUAAGAACAAUCGCUGUGUGCCGGGCCGCUGGCAGUGUGACUAUGACAACGACUGCGGGGACAACUCAGAUGAAGACAAGUGCAUGCCUCGGCAAUGUUCAGAAAGCGAGUUUGCCUGCACAAAUGGCCGCUGUAUUGCUGGGAGGUGGAAAUGUGAUGGAGACCACGACUGUGCUGAUGGAUCUGAUGAGCACGGUUGUGAUCUGAAGUGUGACAAUGACCAGUACCAAUGUAAGAACGGACACUGCAUACCGAUCCGCUGGAGGUGUGAUGCUGACCCUGACUGCAUGGAUGGCAGUGAUGAGGAGAAUUGUGGCGGUGCUGCUGGACGUAACUGCCCUCUGGAUGAGUUCCAGUGUAACAACACUUUAUGUAAACCCCUCGCCUGGAAGUGUGACGGGGAGGAUGACUGUGGGGACAAUUCUGAUGAGAAUCCUGAACAAUGCAGGAAGUUCCAGUGUCCUCCCACUAGGGUGUUCCGUUGCCAAAAUGACCGUGUAUGUCUGCCAGUGUCAAAGAGGUGUGACGGUGUCAAUAACUGUGGCGACAGCUCAGACGAACUGAACUGCCAGGCCACUCCAGCUGUUCCCACAUGUGAGAAGGAUGAGUUCAUGUGCGCCAAUGGCAGAUGCAUCAGCUCCACUCUGCGCUGUAACUUCUUUAACGACUGUGAGGACUACGGCUCUGAUGAGAUCCACUGCAAGACAGAUGCCAAACUAAAUGACUGUAGAAGUAACAGGACUCAGUGCGGUGAUGGAGAUGAAGCCCACUGUGUUACAAAUCACACAGACUCCUUCUGCUCUUGCAAACCAGGAUUUCAAAAGACAGGACACCGCACCUGUGGAGAUAAGAAUGAGUGUGUACAGUUUGGGAUCUGUUCCCACAUCUGCAACAAUACCAAAGGCUCCUACAAAUGCAGCUGCCACAAGUACUUCACCAGGAUCAAUGACACCUGCAAGGCUGACAACCUGAACAGCAGUCGACAGAUCCUCUACGUAGCCGACGACAAUGAAAUCCGCGGCCUGGAUCCCGGCAUGCCCAACUGGCGCUAUGAGCAGACGUUUCAGGGUGACGCCAGUGUGCGUAUUGAUGCAAUGGACCUGCACGUGAAGACCAACCGCAUCUUCUGGACCAACUGGCACACAGGCCGUAUCUCCUCCUAUGAACUUCCAGGACUAUCCACAUCAUCUUCCUCCAACUCUCACCGUAACCGACGUCAGAGCGAGGGCAGGAUCACCAACCUGCAGAUCAGAGAGCUGAAGAUGCCACGUGGUAUAGCUGUGGACUGGGUGGCUGGUAACCUCUACUGGACCGACUCUGGUCGAGAUGUAAUUGAAGUGGCUCAAUUGUCGGGCCAACAUUGCAAGACCCUCAUCUCUGGUAUGAUAGAUGAGCCAUACGCCAUUGUAGUGGAUCCACAGAGAGGUACCAUGUACUGGGCAGACUGGGGGAACCACCCUAAAAUUGAGACAGCUGCCAUGGAUGGCACACUGAGACAAACUCUAGUCCAUGAGAACAUCCAGUGGCCAACAGGUUUGGCUGUGGACUACUUCAAUGAGCGUCUCUACUGGGCAGAUGCUAAGCUCUCAGUGAUUGGUAGCGUGCGUCUGGAUGGCUCUGAUCCUGUCAUCGCUGUGUCUGGCAUCAAAAACAACCUGCUCCAUCCAUUCGGCAUAGACAUAUUUGAGGAUUAUAUCUAUGGGGUCACAUAUAUCAAUAACAUUGUUUUUCGAGUCAACAAGUUUGGCAAAGGCCCCAUGGAGAAUCUCACCACAGGCAUCAACCACGCUACUGACAUUGUCCUGUACCACCGUUACAAGCAGCCAGAGAUGACUAACCCAUGUGACAGGAAGAAGUGUGAGUGGCUGUGUCUGCUCAGCCCCAGUGGACCAGUGUGUACCUGUCCUAACAACCAUGUGGCCGACAACGGCACGUGUACAGAGAGACCAAGCCCAACACAGUCACCAUUCUCUCCUCCUUCAGGGCCCUGUGAUAUUCAGUGUGACUGCUUCCUCAACGCCCGUCAGGUAGCCAAGUGCCGCUGCCAGCCCAGCUACACCGGAGAGAGGUGUGAGAUCAACCAGUGCAGGGACUACUGCAAGAAUGGAGGCACUUGCAGUGCUUCUCAUACAGGUGCUCCAACUUGCAGAUGUCCUAAGGGUUUCACAGGGCCCACCUGCAACCGCCACACUUGUCAGGACUACUGCCUUAAUGGAGGAAACUGCUCAGUCAACAUGGGAAACCAGCCAACCUGCAGCUGCCCGUCAGAGUACCAGGGAGACCAGUGCCAGUACAGUAAAUGUGACGGGUUCUGUCAGAAUGGAGGGACCUGCCUAGAGACCUCCAACAGCACCAAACUGUGCCUGUGCCCCACUCAGUACAUCGGACACCAGUGUGAGCUGGACAAAUGUCAAUUCUGUGGAACGGGCAAGUGUUUGACGUCAUCGUCAGGGGAGGUUUCCUGCAGCUGUCCCAGCGGGCUGAUCCAACCCAGCUGCUAUUCCUGUUUGGACUACUGCGCAAACGGGCAGUGUUCAGUUGACACUCGCACACUGCUGCCUCGGUGCAAGUGUCCUGAUGGAUGGAAGGGAUACAGAUGUGAAGUUGCAGCUGCUUCUGUGGAUUCUCAAGCAUCCAGUGGAAGUACUGCCUCCAUAGUCAUUCCAGUGCUGCUGCUGCUGUUACUGGCACUGCUGGUGGUUGGUGCCAUCUUGUGGUACAAGAGGAGAAUGCGUGGUGCAAAGGGCUUCCAGCACCAUCGAAUGACAAAUGGAGCCAUGAAUGUUGAGAUUGGGAAUCCUGCCUAUAAGAUCUAUGAAGGAGACCCUGACGAUGAUGCUGGGGAGCUCCUGGAUUCAGACUUUGCUUUGGACCCAGACAAGCCCACCAACUUUACCAACCCAGUGUAUGCCACCCUGUACAUGGGCGCCCAUAACAGUCGCAACUCUCUGGCCAGCACAGAUGAAAAGAAGGAGCUUCUGUCCCAGAACGACGAGGACAUGAGUGACCCGCUGGCGUAGUGCUCGGCAUGUAUUGAACUCUUCCAACAUUGCCCUGUCCAACCCAGUGCUGAGCCAACAAGCUCUCAUCUUAUGCCUUUACCAACCGAAAAGAAAAGCAACAAAAAAAGCGGAAACACUGUAUAAAAUGUAUAAAAUGAAGGACUACUUUUUUUAAGUGAUUGCAGUAUUAUAUUUUGUUCUUUGACUAAAAAAAAAAAAUCUCUGGUGAUGAAAAAGGAACCAUUUUAUAGAAUUUAUUCAGUUCUUCUUUUUAAUUUUGCUCACCACCUCCUCACAUCUUUCCCCACCUUCUCUAGCCACUACCUCUGUGCAAAUGUAAAAGAUAGAGGACACAAAUGGCAGUUGAACAAUUUUAAUUUUUUAUUUUUGUAUUAAUUGUAUAGGGGGGAAAAAAGAAUAUUGUUCUAUCCUAUAAAACGUUGCCAAGUCUUUGUUAUUAAUGAAAGAGAGGAGACAUGUCAGUUCUCACUACAAAUGCUUCCUGGAUGCUGGUUCGGCUCAAUCUUUCACAUUUAGUGUGUAUGUACGUUUGCUGCUGGAGGCCGAAAGGAAAAAAUGGGAAGUUGUUUUAACUGCACAUGUACACAUGGAGGACACAGCAUCACAGACAGUGUCUGCUCUGUUGUCUCAAAGAACUAGAUCCAAGUGAUUGUCUUUAUCUCCUUGCACAGAUUAAAGUUAUAUAUAUUUGCAUAUAUAAACCUAUUAACAAAGUGUCUUGAAAAUAUACCCAGGAAUACAAACAUCAGUAACAAUAGCAAUCUGUACUUUUUAACUUUUUUUUUUUCUAAAGUCAUUGUAUAAUUGACAUACUUUGUUUCAGCAAUGAAUGAGUUAAUAGCAGUGUGAGUGCGCUGGAUGAAGAUGAUUGUAAUAAAGUCCCCGUUCCAGAAGGAAAAGCCUGGGAUGGAUAUUCGUGGCCUUGGUUUUGCCAACUGCAUGACAGGAGCUGGAUUUUGCUCUGUGUUUUAGAAAGGUUUUUUGGGAGUGAUGUCAAGUUUCUGUAAAUUUCCAGUCAUCACUGUAAAACAAUCUGCAAUGAAUACAUAGUUGAGUGGUUACAUUUAGCUUCUGUUCGUCUUUUGAUUGUAAAUGUACCUUGAGGGAAGGCCAGGGAGACCAUUUGAUGGUAUGUGCUUCUGUGGGAGUUUUCUUUUUUGUGUUCCGUGUAAUUACAUUGACAUGUUAUUUAGGUUAAUUGCUCACUGUUAAGUGCAUUCCGAGGAAGGAGACUGAUCAGCUUCCUGAUAAGCAUUCCUUGGAUAAUUCCUUUGCUUUGCUGCUAAUGCUGUCAGCAGGGUUUUUAGUCUUAAGCUUUCUUAAGUGUUGCUCUUUGUGUGUCACUGCUCACUCUGCUGCUUUUAACUGGGCUUAUCAACCAUACCUGCCAUAUCGCUCUGCAUGGUGCUCACACACACACACACACACACACACACACACUUCUGCUGUGGCUUUGCCCCUCGCUUGUUAACAGUAUUCAUCCUUUGUUUUGGUUGUUUGUUUUUUUUCCUGCUCUGCUGGAUUUUUACUCGAUCAUGUAAAGUAGUACAGUCAUUUUCAGUUGCCGAAAUUCUCUUAGUGACAAAAAUCCACGCGGAUAUUUGUGGUUCUUAUUGUUUUGUUAUGAUUUCUUUUUGAUAU